AUGGCUGGAAUUCCAGGAGGGACUCUGAAAGCUUCGGAUUUGGACCAUCUUGAGUUGGAUCCUACCAAGAGCGAGUCAUCAACCGAGGAGAUCGACUGGACAGAGCAGGAAGAGACGACCAUCAGGCGAAAGAUUGACCGGCGAAUUGUGCCUCUCGUCACUUUGUUGUACCUCUUUUGCUUUCUCGAUCGCGCCAACAUCGGCAAUGCUCGCAUUCAGGGAAUGGCCAAGGACCUUGACCUUGUUGGUUACCGCUUCAACUGGGCGCUGAGCGUCUUCUACAUUAUCUAUCUCUUGGUGGAAGUUCCCAGCAACAUCCUCCUGAAGCACAUCGGCCCUCGAUUCUAUAUUCCGGGACUGGUUUUUGGCUUCGGGUUGGUGUCUCUCUGUACCGCCUUUGUUAAGAGCUUCGACCAGCUGUGUGUUGCGAGGGCAUUUCUGGGUAUCUUCGAAGGCGGGACGAUGCCUGGGAUCUCAUUCUUCCUGAGCACAUUCUACAAGCGGCGGGAGUUGUAUUUUCGGAUUGGAAUUUUCAUUUCGGCUGCUUCGAUCGCUGGGGCUUUUGGAGGUUUGUUUGCCACAGCUCUCUCCCGCAUCCCUCGUUGGGGAACCGAGUCUACGCCUAUCCAUACCUGGAGAAAUAUCUUCUUCUUCGAGGGUUUGAUCACUGUCAUCGUCGCUGCGGCUGCUCCAGCUUUAAUGCCGUCUAAUCCACAGACUUGUCGGUUCCUCACCGAACGGGAACGGCAUAUUGCGCAUGAACGGUUGAUCCGAGAGCAUCGCGCUGAUCCAAUGGAGAAGGUUCAAUGGCAUCACAUCAGAGCCGCCAUCUUCAACAUCAACAACAAUCUUUGUGCCGCUGGCUUCUUCCUCAUCAACAUCACCGUCCAAGGUCUCUCCAUCUUCAUGCCGACAAUCCUGGCGGAUCUGGGCUGGACCGCAACCAAGGCACAGCUAUAUUCGGUGCCGCCCUAUGUGGCUGCGUGUCUCGUGGCGAUUUUGAUUGCAUAUAUCAGCGACAAAACUCGCAGGCGUGGCAUUUACCUCGCAGUGGCCACCUUCUUCCCCAUUGCCGGGUUUUCUAUUCUCCGAUGGAGCACGAAUGCGUCGAUCCGCUACAUGGCCGUGUAUUUUAUCACCACAGGAGCAUUCCCGGGUGGGCCUGGGUUCCUAUCGUGGGGAAUCAACAAUUCUGCUGGACCAGCAGUGCGUGCUGUGGCGACUGCGUGGAUUGUCUCGGUUGGCACAUUAGGAGGUGUCCUCGCCACAUGGACCUACCUUGUCCGCGACGCACCUCGAUACCCCAUUGGUCACACCAUCAAUCUGUCAGCCCAGAUCAUCGUCCUCUGUGUAGCUAGCUUCGGCAUUGCAUACAACAUGCGUGAGAAUCGGGUGCGGGAUCAAGGAAAGAGGACCUAUCGACUUGAGGGAUUGAAUGACGCUGAGAAGCGGGAUCUGGGCCAUAAGCACCCUGACUUCAGGUAUAUUCCGUGA